AUGUCAUGGAUCCAUUUGAAGGUGUCAGUUGAACAAUAUCGGCAGUUCGCACCCAAGCGAAGUUGCCAGAAGGAGGAUGACCUAGUUUGGGCACGCGGACCAUCAAAAGGUGCGAAUCAUCAUGUCAGCAAGAGGAUGAGUGCGAAAAUGGCGGGUGUUUAUUCAAUCGAUGUUCACCAAGAGUUCGACACCCUUUGCUCGUCAUUGAAAGGCAGCGAUUUGCUCGAACUGCAGAUCCUGCAGAUUGUUCAGCUCUACGCACAUCAUCUGCACACGGCCGAAUCCGAACAACACCAACUCAUGUAUGCCGAGGAAUGCGGCGAAGAAGUGACGGCGUUGAUCGAGCAGAAGAUGCCGGGAUAUGAAGUCGACGAGCAUGAGCUGUAUUUCCAUCGGAUGCGCGAGUGUCUCGAGCUGGAGCAAAUCAUCGACAAAUGUUCGGAAGCCGAAAAGGAGUAUUAUCGGAAAGAAUGGCUCCUCGAGAUUUUCAGCGACGAUGUCUCGGAUGAUGAUUUAUCCGAUUCUGAGGAAUACGACGAUCCUUCGGAAGAAGUCGGAAUCGACGUGGAAGAGGAGAAGGAAUCAUUCGAUUCCCCUCCAACAUUCGAUAUUGUGCCAUUCUCGAACGAGGCUCAUCUAGAAGCUGUCAAUUGA